AUGGCCGCUCCCUCUUCUACUGCCCCGUCCACCGUGACUAAAGCGACGGGAGCUACCAAACCGGCGAGGACGCUGGAUACUUUGUUGCCUGUUCCCCCCAAAGAGAAUUUAACAACGAAUUUCGUGCUCGAGGAGAUUAUUGCGCAGAUUGAUCUUAUUGGUGAUGAAUUCCCAGCAAUAAACAUCCCACUCCUCAAAUCCCACCUCUGGGACAUCAAGAACAGAAACGUGAACCCGGAACUCCACCUGAGAGGCUUCCUCAAGGUCUUCGAGAAAACGCAGGUCUAUAAAGAUGCGUAUGCCGAGUUGGAUCAGGAUACGAAGCAGAGUCUGGAUAUUUUUGUGAAGGGCGGAGGGGAGAAGGAGGUCCUGGCUAGGAGGGGGGGUGCGUUUGUGUUGCCGCCGAGUCCGGCGGUCACGAGCCAUUUUAAGGAGUUGGAAAGGAGGGUUGAGGGGUUGUUUGGUCAUGGGGAGGGGGAGGGGGUGAAUGGGACGAAUGGGACGAAUGGAGUGGUUGCUAAUGGGGUGGUGAAGAAGGUGGAGGAUGUGGAGGGGUUGCCGAGGAUUUUUGAGGAUGAGGCGGAGACCAGGACUAUGGAGGUCCACGCCCGCACCCCCUUCCACAACUGGGGCCUCUCAGUCGAAAACACACCCCUCUACACCUUCAUCCCCCGCACCAUCCACGGGCUCACCAACCUCGUAAAAUACGCCUCCGCCAAUGGCUUCCGCGUCCGCUGCGCCGGCUACCGGCACUCCUGGUCCACCAUCUUCUCCGCCGACAAGCAGAUCCUGAUCUCGCUCCUAAAUCUCGAGGAAGUGACCAAGAUCCCGGAUCCGAUGAGUAUCGAACCAGAAAAGGGACUGGUGAGUACCAUGGACGGAGGAGAGAAGAUUGAGGGGAAUGAGUUUAUGACGAUUGAGCUGGUGGAGCAGGUUGGUGGGGAGGCAUUGGGUGAUGGGGAAGUUAAGGCGACGCAAGGGAAGCAGUUGUGUAGAGUGGGGGUGAGUGUUACGAAUGAGAUGUUUAGGAGGUGGGCUGUUAAGGGGAAUAAGUGGUCGUUGCCGGUUGAUGUUAUUCUUGUUGAAGUAACAAUAGGAGGCGUCAACGGCCCCAUCUGUCACGGCGCGGGCCGUCAAAACAAAACAGUAAACGACUACGUCCGCGCCGUCGAAUACAUCGACUGCAACGGCAUCCCCCGCCUCAUAACCUCACCCGCCCACCUCCGCGCAGCAGCCGGCCACUUCGGCCUCCUCGGCAUCAUAACCCACAUAACCUUUGAACUCGACCCCAUGUCCUACGCGCUCCUCUCCCCCGUGAAACCCGACAUCGGGCUCGCCAUCCCGCCCCUCGCCCGGACCGACAUCCCCAUCGCCCUCCGCAAGACCUGGACCGACGCCCAGUACGCCGCCGCGCUCAAGGACUUCGAGAACAGGGCCACGAACGACUAUUACGCCGAGUGGUUCUGGUUCACGCGCUCGCAGCAAGCGUGGGUCAAUACCUGGAACCCUGUUCCUGAGGAAUCAGGGAGCGUCGAGUAUCCAAGCCCGUUCCUGACCUUCAUGCAAUGGAUCGAAGGCUGGCUCGGCCAAAUCAUCACCUCGAACCCCAUCUUCCAAGCCUUCCCGGGCCGCUGGCAAGCUGCCAUCCUGUCCACCUUCGGCAUGGUCAACCUGCCUCCCUUCGAAUUCUCCGAGUUCUCGCAGAACAAGACAGAGGUGAUCAAAUGCACGCUUCCCAACGCGCUGCACUUCCGGCGCGGCAUCCAAAACAUGCGCGUCCGGGACCUGGAAUUCCAGAUCCCGAUCCCGGGUGGGAAAGAUGGCAAGCCGGAUUUCGACGUCGUGCGGCGCGCGUGGUGGGAUAUUAUCAAGUUGUGCUAUGAGGAUGAUGAUUGUCCGAUGCGGCUGACGAUGGAGAUGCGGAUUAUGGGGGACAGUAAUUUGAUUAUGGCGCCGCAGAGCGGCAAUCGGUGGGGGACGGCGAGUAUUGAGGUGUUGAGUAUUAUGGAUGCGGUGGGGGAUGACGAGUGGGUUCCUUUCUUGCAGCAGGUUGCGGAUCUUUGGUUGAGUUAUAGGGAUCAGGAGGGGGCGUUGUUGAAUGUUAGGCCGCAUUGGGCGAAAGAGUGGGAAUCAAUCAACAUGCGCGGUCUCCCAGCCCGUCAAUACCUCAAAGAACAAGCCUACAAAGACGCCAUCCCCGAAUUCAAAUCCGUGCUCGCCGAUAUCGGCAAGGGUCAAGGCUGGGAAUUGAAGGAUAUCCAGGCUAGGUUCUCGAACGAGCUUUGGGAUUAUAUGAUCUAUUCUUAG